AUGGGUCCGACAGUAUUGGGCCCAGAUGGUUUCGAGCUGAGGCCGAUGCCCGGCGUUGUAAUAAGGGAACCUGCAGUAGGUAGGGGCAGGGUUCCUAGAGGUGCAAGGGGUCCUCGACCCCCAGUUCAGCCACCACCACCAACUCCUCCACCGCCGAAGACCCCUCCACCACCUCCCAACACUCAAGAGAUGGAGGUGGAUCAACGAACUCCUGACCCAAAGGAGGGGGUUCCAGAAAAGGCGUCAAACAAGGAGAGCGUUGCUAAGCUCUCUGGUGACAAAGCUAUCGUUGAAGGGGUAGCUGAAGAGGUGGUUGCAGCUGAAAAUGCAGCCGAUGGGGGUUUUGCUGCUAUAAUUCAACAAGAGGUUGAUACCCUAAUUAACCAACCUAUUGAGGACGCUGAAGCGGUCCAUGCUGAUGGGGACCAAACUGGAGAAGGGGAGGAACCAACUGACCCUUACAAAGCUGAAGAAGCUCCAUCAUCUUCGUUCCCCUCCUUCAAAACAUUUCAAUCAGGGUAUAUGGGUUUCUCAACGCCUCAGAUCCCCAUCCCGAACAGCGCUUGGGCUGAGAUCAGGGGAAGGUAUGGAGAGAGUGUUGAGGCUUAUUUCGGCGGCUGCUCCCACCUAUCCUAA